AUGCGCCUUCAACAUAGGCCACGGAGUAAUCUUGGAAUUGAGGGUGGAAAGCUUCUGAAUAUGACCUCGUUGGGGGUUAUUCCAAAGCCUCCAGUAGCGGAGCAUGUAAAAGAGAAAUCUAGAUGGGAAUGGAAGUCAACCUGGAGCUUUAAUAUGAAAGAAAUUCAAAACUCAGGGAAUAAGAGUCUUCUCAUGGACAAUGCACGUCACAAUCAGCGCUGUAUCCAAUAUAAAGGUUUCAUUGACAAGAAAAUAGCUGAAGAAUUUGAUGUUUCAAUGAAAAGCCAUUUCUCAGUCUUGCAGAGCCUAGGAAGGGGGGCGGAAGGCCAAGUGUACAGACGUACUUCGCAAAAGGGUGGUUAUGAAUGUGCUGUCAACAUAUGCACGUCAAGAAAACCAACUAAUGAUGAGCCUAGGGAAGCAAGAAUCAUGAAGAUGAUGUAUCACCCCAAUGUGAGGAGACUAGCCAUUGCUUGGAAAGAGGAGAAGGAAGGAUUCAAUCGGUUUUACUUGGCACAGGAAUUGUGCAGAUGCACCUACGAUGACUAUAUAGAGAAGAAAGAACACAUCAAUGCAAAGCUGCAGUCAUUCAAGCUGAUAGUUCUUGGACUAAUCUAUCUCCAUCAGCAAGGGAUAAUUCACAGGGAUCUCAAGCCGGACAAUAUCUUCUUGGGCAACUUAAAGCAGAUCAAAAUUGGAGAUUUUGGCAGUGGUAAGUAA